CUCCCGACCCACGGGCUGGGGAAGGGUGUCCCGUUGCGGAGACAUCUCGGGGAGAAAAACCGAGAGGUGGAAAGGAGGGCAAAAGUGAGGCGCAGCGACUCCCGCGCCGGCUGCCUGCAGGGUCUUCCAGCCCGUUAUGGGGAGGGGGAUGCCCUUGCCAGGGCUCCAGUCGAGGCUGCAGUCCGUCCCCACCGCGCACCCAAGCCAAUCCGAAGGGGGAGGAGAGGACAGCCCAGGGGCCGCUUCUGCCAGCCCCGGGGUGGGAUUGUAGGGUGAGGGAUCCGCAUUGCAGGUGCACCAGGAGCGCCCGAGGGCCUGGCCCUGCUUUGUUUGGGAUGCUGUGGGGAGGAGGCCGUCUGAAUCCACAUCGCUAUUUAAAUGCGUUUUACCACCUCGUGGACGUUAGAGACCCUCCCAGAUAAGUUGCAUUGUCUCCUGUCCUGAUAACCCUUUACGUCAUCUGGAUGCCAGCAUGGCGACCGCAAACCUGGAGAACCAGCUGCACAGCGCGCAGAAGAACCUCUUGUUCCUUCAGCGGGAGCACGCCAGCACGCUCAAGGGGCUGCACGCUGAGAUCAGGCGGCUGCAGCAACACUGCACAGAUUUAACGUAUGAGCUGACACUUAAAAGUUCGGAUCAGACAGGAGACGGCUCUUCUAGAAGCAGCGAACUCAAGAAAAGAUGUGAAGACCUGGAGGCGCAGCUGAAGCUGAAGGAGGACGAGAACAACGAGCUGCUGACCGAGCUGGAGCAGAAGAGCGCGAUGGUCGUCGUGCUGGAGAACAGCAUCAAGGAGCGCGAGAGGCGGUACCUGGAGGAGCUGAAGGUGAAGAGCCACAAGCUGGGCGCGCUGAGCAGCGAGCUGGAGCAGCGCGCCGGCACCAUCGCCUACCUGACGUCGCAGCUGCACGCCACCAAGAGGAAGCUCCUGAGCUCCGGCGGCACCUCGGACGGCAGCCCGGCCGGCAGCCCCGCGCUGGCCAGCUACAAGCCGGCCCCGCCCAAGGACAGGCUGCCCGAGACGCCGCGGCGCCGCAUGAAGAAGAGCCUCUCGGCCCCGCUGCACCCGGAGUUCGAGGAGGUCUACAGAUUCGGGGCCGAGAGCCGGAAACUGCUUCUGCGGGAGCCGGUGGACGCCAUGCCCGACCCCACCCCGUUCCUGCUGGCCAGGGAGUCGGCCGAGGUCCACCUCGUCAAGGAGCGGCCCCUCGUCAUCCCCCCCAUCGCCUCGGACCGCAGCGCCGGCGAGCAGCCCAGCCCCGCCCGCGAGAAGCCGCACAGGGCGCACGUGGGCGUGGCGCACCGCAUCCACCACGCGACCCCGGCGCAGGCCCCGCCCGAGGUGGAGACGCUGGCGGUGGACCAGGUGAACGGAGGCGGCAAGGUGGCGAGGAAGCACUCAGGGACGGACAGAACUGUGUGAAGGCCCCCCGCGACCCUUCUCCGCGCUCUCGAGGCACUGUGAUCACUCCUAGGAAAAACUCAGCCGCACCUCCUCUGUUUCUUUUCUUUUUCAAUUCCCAUGCAUGCCGAAUUGUUUUCACGCCUGUCAACAGAUUAUUCUCCUGCUCCCCCUGCCCUCUGACCGACACCGAAACACGAUCGUGUCCCUGCUACGGAAUCCGUACUUACUAAUCGCUGCGGCCAAACACCUGUGUGCCGACUCGCUUGCUUCCAGCCCGGCUCCGCGGAAUCUCAGCGCGCUCGCGGAGAAAGCACGGGCCGCAGGCUGCGCCGCUGCUCGACGUUAACGACAUCAGAUAGUCACACGCCUAAUUAUAAAGUCGGAGCAACACAUAACGACCUUGACCUCAUCCCUCCCGUUUCCAGGGCGGCCUGUCCGGAGCAGCCCUGCUCCCUCCAGGAGACCCCCGUAACCUCCCGACACACCCUCCCCCGGGGGCGGCACGGAUAACCGAGCAGAUGUAUGUUAAGUCACGGGAACUAAAUAAGAUGACGUCACUCCUCAUAUCACCACGACCUGAAUGUGUUGUUUUUUGUUAGUUUUAUCCAAAAUGUUCAAGAUCCCAACAAACUUUAUUUUCUAAACCUGC